CUGGAUUUAAUUACCAACCUGUUGGGAACACCUUCUAUGGAGGCCAUGAGCACAGCAUGUGAAGGAGCUUGUGCCCACAUUCUCAGAGGACCUCACAAACAGCCAUCCCUUCCUGUCCUGUACACACUGUCCAGCCAAGCAACCCAUGAAGCUGUGCACCUGUUGUGCAGGAUGCUGGUGUUUGAUCCGUGUAAGAGGAUUUCAGCCAAAGAUGCCCUGGCUCACCCGUACCUGGAUGAAGGCCGACUGCGCUACCACACGUGCAUGUGUAAAUGCUGCUACAGCACGUCGUCUGGUCGGGUUUACACCAGCCACUUUGAGCCGCUCACUAACUCCAAGUUUGAUGACGGCUUUGAGAAGAACCUGAGCUCCAUCAGGCAGAUCAAAGCUCCACUGUGGCUCAGCCAUCUGAAAUGCCUCCAUCUCCUUUGGUUUGGGAGUAGCUGCUGCCAAGAGUCAUCCUUACAUCAUCCAACUUCAGUGGAAAAUCAUCCUCUUCAUCCACUGUAUGUAGCAUUUAACUGGAGAGCAGGAC